AUGGCCCCUCAAGAGAAGACCUCCAAGUAUGGAGAUCUGCCUCUCAGCACGAGUGGCCCCCUCGAAUGUGCUCUUACCGGCACCACCUUGCUGAACCACCCCUUCUUCAACAAGGGCUCCGCACACCCCAAGGAGGAGCGCCAGGCCUUCAAUCUAACCGGUCUUCUCCCCCAGAGCGUCCAGACCCUGGAGCAGCAAGCCAACCGUGCAUACGAACAAUACUCCACGCGCCCCAACGACUUGGCCAAGAAUACGUUCAUGACCUCCUUGAAGGAGCAGAAUGAGGUCUUGUUCUACAAGCUUCUGCAUGACCAUCUCGAGGAAAUGUUCAGCAUCAUUUACACCCCAACGGAGGGUGAUGCCAUCCAAAAUUAUUCCCGCUUGUUCCGGCGUCCUGAGGGCUGCUUCCUGAACAUAAACGACGCGGACCGUGUCCACAAUGACCUAGCACAGUGGGGCAGACCUGAAGAUAUCGACUACAUUGUCGUCACUGAUGGCGAGGAGAUCCUGGGCAUCGGCGAUCAGGGCUGUGGUGGUAUUCUCAUCUCUGUAGCCAAGCUCGUCCUCACCACGCUGUGCGCUGGAAUCCACCCCAACAGGACCCUCCCGGUGGUCCUAGACUGUGGUACAGAUAACGAAGAGCUUCUCAAAGACGAUUUGUACCUUGGACUCCGAUCGAAACGCAUCCGGGGCGAGCGGUAUGACGAGUUUGUCGACUCGUUCGUCCAGUCAGCCCGCAAGCUCUACCCACGCGCAUAUAUCCACUUCGAGGACUUUGGCCUUGACAACGCACGACGCCUUCUUGACUUGUAUAGCCCGCAGGUGCCCUGCUUCAAUGAUGAUGUUCAGGGAACGGGCUGUGUAACCCUGGCUGCGAUCAUGUCCGGCCUCCAUGUUUCCCAGCAGAAGCUGAGCGACAUGCGGGUGGUCAUAUUCGGCUCUGGAUCCGCUGGGUGUGGUAUUGCUGAUCAGAUCCGAGAUGCCAUUGUCACAGAAAGCAAGAUUAGCAAAGAGGAUGCUGCAAAGCAGCUGUGGCUCAUCGAUAAGCCCGGCCUGCUCACAACCGAAACCCCUCUCAACAAAGCACAGAAAUUCUUCGCUAGAUCCAAAGAAGAGUGGGACGGCAAGUCGACUGAUCUGCUGGCGGUAAUUAAGGAAGUCAAGCCCAAUGUUCUCAUAGGCACCUCGACAAAGCCUGGUUCCUUCACCGAGGAUGUCAUUAAGGAGAUGGCGUCCCAUGCCGACCGUCCGAUUAUCAUGCCGCUUUCCAACCCAACUCGUCUUCACGAGGCCGUGCCGAAGGACAUCCUUAAAUGGAGCGAAGGUCGCGCCCUGGUCGCCACUGGGUCCCCAUUCGAACCCGUCAAGGGCCCGUGGGGCAAAGACGGCAAGGAGGUCACGAUCAAGGUGGCAGAAUGCAACAACAGCGUCGUCUUCCCCGGGAUAGGGCUCGGAUCUGUCCUCUCAAGAUCGAAGCUCGUCACCGACAAGAUGCUGGUGGCAGCCGUCGAGGCCGUGGCGGAAAUGUCACCAGCGCUGAAGGACAACACAGCACCCCUGCUGCCUGGUGUGGACAUUGUACGGGAUGUCAGUGUCAACGUCGCGAGCAAGGUCAUUCGUGCCGCCGUCAAAGACGGCCUAGCCACGGAGAAGGGCAUCCCCGACAACGAUGAGGACGUCAAGGAGUGGAUCCGCGAGCAGAUGUGGAACCCAGAGUAUCGACCAUUGAAGUAUAUCCCGAAGGAAGUUGCGAGCCGUCAAGCCAAGGGACAGUUGAAGACGGUUGGAACGCUGGAGAACUAG